GCUUGCGUAUUAGCACAGUACUGCAGAGGGAGAUCGGGCAAUGUGGACAGGCCAGAGUAGCCUAUCUAUAUGUGCAUGUGUUAGUUUAGCACGUCGAAAUAUAAUAGCAUGUAGCCUGUUUUAGAGUUGGUGAAAGGCAUUAUUAGUACACGAUAAAGACAUUGAGCCAUUCGGGUGUGUCUGAAUGACACACGAUCUAUGGCAUUGUGAUCGAAUAGCCCUCUGGAUUUUUACAAUGUCGUGCCCAGCGACCAACUCCGGUAGACUACAUUCUGAUGAGAAAUGCAAGCAACGAAAAUUCUUAUCGUUUCUGUUCUACCAGGCGGUACGGGACCUGAAGCCCGUAUGGAUGUUAGAGGACAUGCGGACAAUGGAGACCUUUUACUGGGAGGAGGAUGCAAGCCAGAGAACAUACACACCAUCAGAGGCAUUGCUGUAUGCUAUUGUGCACGACCAUCAAGCGUAUGCUCAAUACUUGCUCAGUCAUUAUACUGACGAAGCGCUGGCAAUGCCCGGCGAACGCUUUUGUUGUUGUCCGUCCUCGGCGCCCCAUUUGGCGAUGGCUGUCAGAUACGACAGACGGGACAUUCUGGGUCUCAUAUUACAAGAAGCGCAUCGACUUCCUAGUCUGCAUUCUUACAUGAACCGAGGCGGAUGUUUUCAUAUGGAGGAUGGUAAAACCCCACUACAUCUGGCCUGUGAGCUACUGCGUUCGGAGGCAGUAAUUCUUUUAUUAGGUAACGGCGCAUCGCCCCAGGCUCAGGACCACAACGGCAUGACGCCACUUGAUGUUAUACUGGAACAGCUCUGGGAUUCCAAGGUGAAUAUCGGAGCAAAAAAGCUGUGUCUGGACAAUAUGUUAAUGUUCAUGCCCGAGAUUCGUUUCAAAAUGAAGGGUGCACUUGAAAGGGAUGCCGUUUGCUGGUCCAGGGUCCUUGGUGAGGACAAACUCAAAUUUCUUCUUGGGAAGAAUCCUGCCCCACUGUCCCUCAUUGCUAUGCAAACGGUUUUAAAACAACUUCGCCCUGAACAGUUCCCAGAAAGCUUACAUGAGCUCCCAAUUCCGUCAUCGUUGAAACCACUCCCCGGCAAAAUGAGCGGCCAGUUGAAAGUGCUUUAAACGCGUUAAACCUGUGUGAAACAUACCAGUUGUAUUUAUUUAUGUUUUUAACUGUGUUUAGCAUGAUCAAAAUAUCUGUUUGAUAAUAUUAUGUGUCAUUUUAAAAGUAAUGCAAUUACCGUACAUUAAUGAAAACGACUGGGGCUAAUAUAUAGCUAACAACAUUCCUGGAAAUGUAAUGUUAAGGUUAUCAUUUAAUAGUUUAUUUAUUAACUGUUUUUUACUUUUAAAAGUUACAUGUACUGUAAAUAUAAAGCAUAUGGCCUAAGAAUUCACUAUGGCAUUU